AUGGCGGCAGUAGCAGAAGAGCACAGCCUCGAGGCCAGGCUCUCUGGGCUGGACCUUGACGCCUCAUCCGCGACUAAGGGCACCAUCGAUGGCCAGACGCUCCUCUCCGCUUUCCGUACAGAGGCCUCGCCUCGUUCCCGAGCCCUCGCUACUCUUGCUCUCUCCCGCACUUCAGGGCAGGGCCAGGAACUUGCAUCAACGGAGCUGCUGAAGAGUACCGUCCGUCAUGCCUUGAGCUCCCUCGAUGAGGAUGUAGAAGGGUAUACAGCUGCUCUAAGACUGCUUUCCACCUUGUACGCUUUGGACCCCUCCGGGGCUUACACGCUCUGCGGAUCUCAAGGCCAGAGGAGCUCGUGGACAUUGAUUCUGCCACGGAUAGAGAGCGUCAGCAACGAUUCAGUCAACCUCUUUCGGGCCGAGCUUUUGUCCUCGGCUGCCGCUCACACAGCAAGUAGGGCGCAGCUGAAGGGCGAUGCCGAUGUUGUCCAAUGGCUAGCCUCAGCCGUAGCCAAAGGAAAGGAGGGCCAAGCGCCUUUGGUAGCUCAGAGGGUGGCGCUCAUCGCUGGACUGGCAUCGUACAAGCUAGAGAGGGGUCCUACAUCCUCUGAGCAGGAAGAGCUAGGCGCCCCAAGCUCAACCUCGGAGGACGCUGCAGAGCUCCAGACAAGGCACGAAGCUCAAGAGCGACUUCUGCUGAGUCUGGCCAGGCCUCACAUCGUGUCUGCUGACGCCCAGACUUUGGAUCAAGAAGAGUCCAGACUGACAAUCCUCUCGUCCCUCGAGGCUCUCAGCUACCUUUCCUCACUUCCUGCCAUGAAGGAGGCCAUAACGAACGACUCGACUCUCCUCCAGAAGCUCUGUAGUCUUCCGUCCACCACAAAGCAGGGUCUGGAGCGAAAGUCUGUCUUCCCCUCGCGGAGGACUGAGAAUCCUCAGAAUGGACAGUCCUCCUAUGAUCUAGAUUCGACGCUGUCUAGUCCAUUGCGGCAGGCCGACUCGUCCCUGCAGUAUGCUCUCUGGACCAUCGUACUCAAUCUUGUCGCCUAUCGGCCAAUCCUCUCGUACGAGGAGCGGCAGAUGAAGAAGCUCAGGGGAAUGGCCAACGCGAAGAAGUCUGAGGCACAAAAGGCGGGUGGGGGAGAGGAAGAUCAGCGUGAGAGCUCACCUGCGGUCGACAAGAGGGUCGGCAAAGCCAUUGCUGCCGGUGCUACGCAGGCUCUCGUGAGCAUUUCAUUGGCCGGCGGCCGAACGACGGAAGACUCCUCAAGUUCUGGAUCUAGCAUCUCGCCUGCAGUCAGAGACACACUGGGGCAAGCAUUCCUCCACCUGACGUUCAAACAAGACAAGGUCCAGCGGGGAAAGAUAGCACAAGCAGGUGGAGCGCGAGCUCUACUCGUCCUUGGUACACACGCCAUCAAGAAGCUUUCGUCAGAUGCACCAUCAACAUCGAACCCGCUAGAGCGCUCCUCUUCCUCUUCUGCUGCUUCCGAAAGCUCAAGUCUUGCUCCACUACAGGCGCUGGCUCGAAUGUGUAUCACCACGUCGCCAGCCAUUUUGUUCGGAUCCCCCACCAAUGCGCUGGCUGCGUUACCUGCCUUGGCAACUCUGUAUCUCCACGCUACGUCCGAGCCACUGCAGCGCUUCGAAGCUCUGCUGGCUUUGACAAAUCUCGCAAGUCUGGACGCUCAGCUGGCCAGCGCAGUCGCUAAAGCACGUAUGGCCUUGCCUACAGGAUCGUCUACAUCGUCUAGCAAGACCAAUUCGUCGCCUGCCUCAGCCCAGAAGCCUCACGAUACCGAUGCGCAGCGCACGGUAGCAGACGCAAUGGAGGACUCGAUUCUCCUCGAGGACAAUGCCAUGAUCCGUCGAGCAGCCGUCGAGCUACUGUGUAAUCUAGCUCAGGACGAGAGUGUGUUCAAGCGCUGGACGGGUGAGGAGGAGGAGCAGGCGUUGGAGAAGCCAAAAGGGUCGAUAGCGGCUGGAUCUGCUCUGGCAUCGGGGAAGGGGAAGGGCAAAGCAGGACGAAGGUUGCACCUCCUAGUCGCUCUAUGCUCCCCUGCCGAUAGCACAACCACGACAACGGAGUCAAGCGUGGAGCCUGCCUCCGCUUCUGAUCCUGAGACCACAUCCAGCAGCGCGAAAGAGACCUCUUUAUCGACUCGCUUGGCCGCCUCGGGAGCCCUAGCCAUGUUCAGCUCAAGCGCGACGUGCUGCUCUCAUCUUCUUGCACUGCGCCCUCGCUCACUCAAUAUCCUCGUGCGUCUGGUCAAGCCCGGAACAAGAAGGAGCAAAAGCCAAUUUUCUCUGGCUGCUUCAGCUUCAGGUGCCAAGAUUGAAGAGAUUGAUGAAGACGAGACCGAGUUCGAGUCGAAGUCGCACAAAUCGGAGAAUACAGAGGGAGGAGAUGACGGGGAGGAGGCAGACGCAGAGGCAGAAUCUACAGAUGAGGAACUCGAAUCUCGUCUCGAGAGAAACGACGCCGUCUCCUCUUCCCUCGGGAUCACUCACGCCCGCGCCUCUCUAGCCAUCCGCGGUGUAUCAGUACUGCACAGUCUCGUCUCCUUUCUCCAAUGGAGCAAAGACCAGGCCGCUUUCACCGACACCGACACGAGGCGUAGCGCUGCUCCUACCCCAGAGGAAUUCACGAUAGCUCUCCAUACCCUCCAAGCUAGCGGAGCAAUUGAGGCUUUCAGGGUCGUUGCACUCGAGGGGGCUAGAGAGCUGCAGACUUUGGGCGAUCAGAAUGUGAGAGGGAUGACGAGCAAUCAAGCUGGAGCUGAGGUGGAAGCGAGGGGAAUGAGGGGAGAGGUGACGAAGAUGGCUUUUGAGUGUUUGAAGAUGCUCAGCGGGAUGGGGGUGCAAGUAAAGUAA